AAAAGCAAUAAAAAACACCCUAAUGAAACAAGAAGUAAAUCCGUACACCUACAUGCCUUUAAAAAUAUCACAAAUCGAGUUCGAAACAAUGUCAUCUUUCCAGAUCCAAUCACUGGCAGUAACAGAAAUAAUCAAGAAGGAAAUAUACGAAACCAUCACCAAAACACCUAUGGUCGAUGGUCCUCUGGAUCCAAGAUUGGGUCUCAGCCGCAAAGAGGGACAAUGCCAAACAUGUAGUGAAACACUUUCCAACUGCUGCGGACACUUUGGCCAGUACAAGCUCGCACUGCCAGUGUUCCACGUGGGGUUCUACAGGCAGACAUACACCAUCUGCCAAUCAAUCUGCAAACACUGCUCACGUGUCCUAAUUGAUCCCUUGAAAAAACUAAAAUACCUCCAAACCAUGAAAACAGUCUCUGAUUUGGGACAGAAGCGCUUGUUUACAAAAAUCACAAACGAAUGCAAGAAGAUCUCAACCUGUUUCUACUGUAGGAAACACAAUGGGAAGGUCAGAAAGGCCCCUGGUCUGAAAAUAUUUCUAGAAGCGUCUGACAUGAAAGAGGACUUGAAUCCGUUAAAGUGUUUGAACUUGUUUAGAUGUAUUCCUAAGAAUGAGUAUAAUUUAGUGAUUCCCCCCGCACCAAUUCGGCCGAGUGUGGCUAUGGAACAAGAGGGAGGGUCAAAUGAGGAUGACUUAACUAUUAAAAUCAGUGAGAUAAUUCAUUGCAACCAAAUCCUAGUCAACUCAAUCCAGAGAGACAAUCCAUAUUCAGUGAUCCUGGAGGAUUGGGAUUUUAUACAGAACCAGUGUGCACAGCUGAUAUCCCCCGAUGGCACGGGAAAACAAAUCAAGGGGCUUUUGCAGAGACUGAAAGGCAAACAUGGUAGGUUCAGGGGCAAUUUAAGUGGCAAGAGGGUGGAUUUUAGUUCUAGGACUGUGAUUUCCCCAGAUCCCAAUUUGGGGGUAGAUGAAGUUGGAGUACCCAGACACAUAGCCAAGAUCCUGACUAUUCCCGAGAGGGUAGCUGGCUUCAAUAUUGAAAGGCUUAGAAAGCUGAUCAGAAAUGGAGUAAAUUAUCCCGGAUCAAAUUAUGUUAUAAAGCCUUGUUAUAACACUGCAGAUCAGCUAACAGUCGAUGACAGCUUGGGAGAAUUGACAGUGGAACAGUCAACGGCAAAUGAGAGCUUAAAAGGGCUGGCUAAUGAUGUACUUAAUGAAGCAGCAAGCAGCGCCUUAAAAGAAGCAACGAAUAAUAACCUAACAGCAGGUCAAUUGGCAGACGGCAAAUUAGAAGAGGGGCAAUUAGCGAAUAGGAAACAAGAAAAACCCGUCAGAAGGAAAGAACGAAAAACGGGACAGGAAAUAAACAUGUUCUUAAAAUACUGUAACAGAACACAAACGUCAAAAUACUUAAGAAUUGGGGACAUAGUUGAACGACACCUACAAGAUGGUGACAUUGUCCUUUUCAAUCGUCAACCAUGUCUCCAUCGAAUGAGCAUCAUGGCACAAAGAGCAAAGGUCCAUUCAGAAAAAAAUUUUAAGUUCAAGGAGUGUUGCUGUACGCCCUACAAUGCAGACUUUGACGGGGACGAAAUGAAUGUCCACGUGCUGCAAGCGUACGAAUCUAGAGCUGAAGCCACAGAGUUGAUGUGUUCAAUCCAAGGAAACGGAGAGCCGCUCAUUGCAGCCAUCCAGGAUUUUGUAACAGCCUCUUAUUUAUUAACAUCCAGAAACGCUUUCUUUAGUUACGAAACUUUUGGUCAAUACGCGCCCGAUCUGGAAAGAAAAAUUGAGGCAAAGCCUGUGAUACUCAGACCCUCCAAACAGUUUCCCGGGAAGCAGUUAAUAGAAGCUUUGCUAAAAGAGGUAGUUGAGGUGGGAUAUGAAAGUAGAGUAGGAUCUGGUGCAUGCAUAAACAGUGUUAAUACAGAAGCGGUGACACUGAUUAGCAAGAAUCGAUCCUAUAAACAAGACUGGAACAUAAACGAUGGAUACGUAGUUGUAAUACAGAACAAAUACUUCUUUGGGAGGUUAGGCUCAGUUCAAGAUACUUAUGUGAUUCGGGAUUUUCAAUUGGGAUGGGGGAUGUUACUUCGAAUCUCGAACUGGAAAUGGAAAAAAAAUAAAAUCUGUGAAGAAGGGUAUCUGAAGGUAAACAUGAAGAUAGAGGAUUACAAGUCGAAAAAAACUGGAAUUGGAUCCAAUUAUAAUGCAGAGCUGUGGGUUCAAAGAGUCCAAAAUCAAUGUUUCACAAAUGGUUGCCUGCGUAGGGCAGCAAAUCAUUUCUGGAAAACGAGUUCCAAUUGGUAUUUUAGAAGAACUCUGCCUCAUUUCGCUGUCUAUUCUAAGUUUCCUUGGGAUAAGGGUUUUGUUGCGUCGUCUUUUAGAAGUGGACUGUCAUCUACUGAGUUUUUUUUCCAUGCCAUAAGUGGAAGAGAGGGUUUAGUCGAUACAGCAGUUAAGACUGCGGAGACAGGAUAUAUGCAAAAAAGACUCAUGAAGGCUCUAGAAGAUUUGAGUGUAAUGUAUGUUUAUACUGUGAGAGGGUCUGAUAAGAGUAUAGUACAGUAUGUUUAUGGAGAGGAGUGUGUUGAUCUUUGCUUAGUUGAGUGGGAAGAUAAGAUUAGAAGGGACGUUGUUUGUGAGGAACUGGUAAGUGAGUUGAAGAUAUUGCACAGGCAGCCUAAAAACGAUUCGAGUUGCAUAAAUGCGAGAGAAGACUCUACGAAUUAUCAGAAGGUCGAUGAGUUUUUGGAAGGGAGAAUGGAAAGCUGUGAUUUGCUAGCUCUAAGAGACAUUUUCAGCACUCACAAAGAAAAGAUCAAGUCUGCCUUAAUGUCUAUUUACAAGUCCAAAUUAAAUACAUUGAAAAUUGAGCCUGGCUCAGCGGUCGGAGCUCUGGCUGGUCAAAGCAUCGGAGAGCCUGGAACUCAGAUGACCUUGAAGACGUUUCACUUUGCUGGUGUUGCCAGUAUGAACAUUACCCUUGGAGUGCCAAGACUAAAGGAAAUUAUAAAUGCGGUUAGGAACAUUAAUACACCCACAAUUAAGACUAAUUUUGUCAAGAAUUGGUGCUUGGAGGAAGCCAAAAGGGUCAAAGGUAGAAUAGACAAGAUUUAUUUGAAAGACAUUGUGUCUUCGAUGACAGAGAUUUAUACACAGAAGGAAUCGUUUUUAGAGGUAGAGAUCUGCUCAGAAACAAUUCCAGAUUUUAAAAGGAAUCUCAGCAACAUUGUGGUCAGUAAAAUAAAGAGCGUUGAAAGGGUGAUUUUAGUCAAAGAAAAGGACUACAAAUUAUUUGUAGAGGGAACGGGUCUAAAACAAAUAUUUGGAGUUGAGGGUGUCGACUACAGAAGAACAGUUACGAACAACAUAAUGGAAAUGGAAAGACUCCUCGGAAUAGAAGCUGCAAGUGAAGCGAUAAUCAGAGAGAUGCAGUACACAAUCUCAAGCCAUGGAAUAAAAAUUGAUCCAAUACUUCUGAUGCUACUUGCUGAUGCAAUGGCUUGCAAGGGGGAGGUGUUUGGAAUAACGAGGUUUGGAAUCAGUAAAAUGAAGUUCAGUACAUUGAUGCUUGCUUCCUUUGAGCAAACAGGAGAUCAUCUAUUUGAAGCAGCCAUAAGAAAUUGGAAAGACGCUAUUAAGGGAGUGAGCGAGUCUAUCAUAAUAGGUGCUCCUAUUUCUAUGGGAACGGGAAGCGUUGAACUAUUCUACAAG